AUGGAAAACCAUAUCCAAUACAUUACGGAAUCGGGAUAUUUAACCGCAUAUGAAUUUCAUAAUAACACUCCUUCGCGACGUGAUAAUAUGACCUAUACUCAAGAAAUUUUUCAACGUGCCAAAGGGGUACAAUUUAUGGAAAGAUUAAGUACAGGUCCUAAUUUAUUACUAUAUCCUUUCGCAAGAUUCGCAUUAUUGUCAGUGUUAGAUGACAGCUAUACCUACGCGUUGGCCGUUCACUAUUUUCAUAUAUUUUACAUGCAUAAAAGUUUGAAAGAAUUCAAUUGUUUUGUAAGCGAUAUUGGUGCAUCAUGCCUUUUUCUUGCAGCAAAACAAACAGAUAACAGGCGAGAACUUAGUCAGGUUUCUGAAUACAGUGCGCGAACAUCCUUGAAACAUGAACACAUGAUCACUAAUCACGAAAUUGAUAAAUGGAAAUAUAAAAUUUUGAAAUAUGAACCAAUCAUAUUUUAUGUGAUAUACUCUCACAUGGAUAUUAAACUCCCAUUUCAAUUUUUGUUUAUGUUUCGUGAUUUUCUUACCGGUUAUGACCAAGAAAUAGUGAAUCGUUUAAUCGGAUGCAGUUUUCAAUUAUUGAUGAAUUGCAUGUACGCUCCCAUCAUGCUUUUCUUUAGUCCUAAAACAAUUGCGGCUGCUGCAAUUUUCCUUGCUGCAAAAUCUAGUGACAUUCCACUAAAUGAUGAUCCAAGAGCUGGUGCAUGUUGGUUUGAAUUUGCAAAAGUUGAAGAUAUUAAUAUAGUUGCUGCAGCCGUUGACUAUAUUUUGCAAUCCUAUACAACUGGACCUGUUGUUAAAAAAUUAGGUUGUUCUCAAGAUCCUAAUUGUCCAAAUAACCCUCUUCACUUUACCUGCACUGAAAUCAAGCACAUUGAACGAGCUCAAGUACCAACUCCACCAGAUACCUAA